CGGGACACACACAGACGGGACUCUGUCCAUCCUGGUCAGCUUUCCUGAGCUGGGGACACCAGCUCACCAUGCAGCCCAGGCUUCUGAUGUCCCUGCCAAUCUGAUCGUUCUGCAGCCUGUUUCGUGGUCUACAGACUCUAGCUCAAGCUACAGGAUCAAGGUUCUACCCAUGGAAGGUUGGCGUCUGAGGUGUGUAUGGGUCUAAGGCUUAGAGCACUUGAAGACUUCCCCAUCAUAAGAUGCCAGGUCUUUUAUUGGGUACUGGUUCUUAACUCUGGACUUCUCUACAAGUUUUGUCAAACUAUCAAAUGCAGAGCAAGUUGGAGGCCUGCCAGAGCACCCAGAGGAUGGAAUGAAGCAACAGAGAGGCAUCAGGAAAGGAGAACACAGAUGGAGACAGAGGUGGGAGGCAUAAGCGCCACCUACUGGCAAACUUGCACUUGCAUAGACAGGAGGGCUGAAAAGUUGGUUGUGGAUGGAAAUAACUGCUUGUUUCACAAAUGA